AUGGGUCCCCCGACGACGACCCCGGUAGCCACGCCACUGGAAUCUGCGAGCCAAUUUCCGGACUCGCCUACAACUCUUACCACGGUGAAGGGCCGGUCAGAUUACGAAAAGGGCGAGUAUUAUCUGCGAUCAUCGCUGGCGACCUUGAAAGAGCUCGCCAAGUUGUUGGAAAAUGAGACCCUCUCAGCGGAUCAAAAAUCUGUCUACGUUGAAGCUUACACGACUAGCAAGCGUCUAUAUGAUGAAACGACAGCUGUCAGGGACAAACUGUUGAAGCAAAAGAAAUCUUUUCGCAAGCUGCUCGUUAACUUUUUCGUACGCAACUCGGAUGCAAAGCGCUUUCAUAAAGUCUCAUAUUGGAGUUACUCGUCUAUCAGAAGAACUUCGGAUGGCCUGAACAGACUAUUGCUGCCGGAGAUUGCAUUAGAAAGUCUCUCGUCCGCGAUUGAGGAAAGUCCACGUGAUGUAGAAGAAGACAAUCUUUCAGGUCGUGGAUCGGUCGAAGGUCUUUGUCCGAACGAAGACAUCCGGGAAAUAAAUCUGGAUGUAAAUACCGAACAAGAAGCACAAGAGGCCGUUGCAAUCAUCGAUCGACUUGGUAGGGCGCUCUCCAACGAAGAAGACGAACUUGAAGAUGAUGAUCGAACCAUCAAACCCUCGACCUCACAAAGUAGACCGUCGUCUCCCAGCCCCAGCUGCUGCACAUUCAAUAUUAUCUACAAUAUCAACCAAAGUGUGGUGUCUUUUGAUUCAGAAUCGACAGGCACAACAUUGAACGUCGGGAUGGAUGGGGCACAGGUUGAUACCCAACCAGCACAUCGGGAUGCACAAGAGGCUGCGAGGCACAUGCAUCCACUUUCGGGACCUGUGACAACUGUGGCAUCUGCCGGCCAAUCCGCGCAAAAGAAUCUCGAUGCUGCAGACGAGUUCAAGGACAGAUAUCUCCAAUCCCUCAGGAUAUUCGACCCCAUUAUCGAGAAGAUCACGGAUCAAAGAUGGCACGGCUUCCCUGAACGCCACGAGGCGCCAUUGCCAACACGAGAAGACCAAUAUCAGGUUGAGCUUAAAACGCAUGGGGUCCCUCCUCAGCGGCACCACAAGCCCAGAUUCCAUAAUCCGACCCCUUCACGCAUCCUUCUGCAAUUUCCUGACGAACCGACAAUACAAUGA